AUGAUGACCAGCAAUCGGAUGGUCAUCAAUGUCGACUGGCCGCUUCCCGCUGCCCCCCGUCCGUCCAAUAUCACCUCCCCUUCCUCGAGUCCUCAAGGCCCGGGAGUCGAUUCUUCCGCGUGCACGUCGGGUACCGGUGGCUUGGCAUACCCUCCUGGGUUGGGCCCUCAAGAUGAUGGUGCUUCCGCUCCCGCCAAUAACGAUCCGCCGUUCGUUUGGGGUACUGGGGUCCCUCCUCCCGAUCCGGUCCGAACCGACCGUGAGUGGACGGAUCUUCCCGUCUGGACGACAGCGGAUCGCCCAGCCACGCCUGAGACGUUUCCUCAGGACAUCGAAGUUUACCCCUCUGAGGGGGUUGCGGAAUCCGAACCUGACGCCGACGCCGCUGAGUCCACUGAUGCUGACUCUCCAAUGCGGUCUCCGUCCCCGCUAGAACUCGCUCCUGUACCGAUUGCGGACUACCCGUCCCUAUCCGAUGCCGAUAUCCAAGUUCUUCUUUGUCCGACCGAGUACCGGGGUGUGGCUAUCCCCAAUGUGCACUCCGACAAGGUAACCUAUCUCUACGAGAAUUUUAUCACCAGUUUUGUCUUCUACUGCCGCAGAAACCGCUUGGUCGAUGAGCUCUCAAUGCCUACCAGCGUCGCCUUAUUCAAACACUACGUCAAGGUCUUCCAGAUCGUGGCCACCCAGCCUUUUUGA